AAAAUCAUAACAAGCCCAAUAGCGGUUCUGACCAAAAUAUUUUCAGUUAAAUUCUUGACUGAAGGGUAUUUCACAUCAUAACAGUCGAUAAAAGUGAAAGGUUAGUCAUGCGGCAUUUAUUGUAACAAUCGGAUAGUAUUACUUCUGAUCUCAGAAUCUAUUGAACUAUAAUACAGAUAUAUUAAAUAUUCAACGGUAUGAGUGCCAAUUACAAGAUUGAGAAAACACUUCCAUUCAAGAAAAGAAAUAGAGGAUUAAUAGACACAAAAGAACCGAUUUAUAACGAGCAUAUCAGUAUCGGAAAUGAAAUUUUGAUGAAAUUUUCGAGAAGACCGAAUUUCAUCGGCCAGAUUGAUGCGGCGACGGGGAAAACAAGUACAUUCGAACAAAUGAAAGAGAGAAGCGUAAAAUGCGCAUUAUGGCUGAGAAAAUUGAAAGUGAAAUCCGGCGACGUAAUAACAGUGUGUACGCAUAACCAACUGGAGGCUUAUGUACCAUAUUUAGCGGCACUGUAUAUCGGCGCUAUUGUGAAUCCAUGGCCUAAACGAAAAAAAGGGAUAAGAUCGAAUGCGGAAUAUUUUUUGACGCGGGUUACUCCAAAGGUAAUCUUUGUUGACUGUGACAAUGUAAGAAUGAUUCAAGCUGCCGUGGUGAAAAUGAACGUUUCUACAAAAAUCGUAGUUUUCGGCGAUGCAUUUGACGAGUUUGAGUCUUUCGAAUUAAUUUUGCAGAAGAAAUUUAAUCGACUCGAUAUUAACCGAUUCUUCUGUGUAAAAAUGAAUAUUAAAGACCCCGCAAUAAUACUUUUAUCUUGUGGUACAACUGGCUUUCUCAAAGACGUAGAAGUUCCUUAUAAAUUUUUUCUAAAUUCAUCGAACCAGAUUCCCAUUAUGAAUUCGAACAACGACGUCGGCUUAUGGUUCGAAUCCUUGGACUGGAUUAUCAGCUUGCUUUUGACUGUUCGUGCUAUACUUAUGGGAGUAAAAGUGAUCAAAUCCCCAGGAUUUCUCGAGGAGCAUCAUUUAUGUCAAAUAAUACGGAGGUAUAAGGUGACUUGGAUAUACCUUAAAACUAAUAUGUGCAACCGGUUGUCAAGAUUCGACAUCCUCGAGAAAUACGAUACUUCUUCCUUGAAAAUGGUUAUUUUCGGCGGAUUGAUGAUCAAGCACAACGUUCAUAUCAGUCUUAUCAAAUCGCUGCCAAAUGUUUCCAUUAUUCAACUGUAUUGUUUGCCUGAAACAGGUGUGAUUGCUUACCAACGAGGCACUAUGAACAUCAUCGGAUCUAUCGGUUGCUUGGUUAAAAAUGUUCGUUUGUUGAUCACUGAUUGUGCGACGAAAGAACCGGUGGGUCCGUACACCAUUGGUGUGAUUUGGUGUCAGUCUUCGUCCAUGAUGAACGGCUAUUAUAAGGAUAGCAGAUAUACAAGAAUUGUUAUUGACGACAAUGGAUGGUUUCGCAGCGAAGACGUAGGCUAUUACGAUAAACAUGGAAAUGUCUUCGUAAUCGAUCGAGUCAAGCAGCUUAUUAAUUACAGAAAUUACUACAUCUCUCCGGCGGAAAUUGAAAUUGCAUUACAAAGUCAUCCGUUUGUGUCCGAAGCUGCCGUAGUGCCAUUGUCCCAUGAUUAUGAUAACUUUCGUCUAGUGACAUUCAUUGCGCCAGAACCAGGAUUAGAACAGAAAGAGGAGCUGCAAAAAUUCAUAACGGAAACGUUUGUUGGUCCAAGAUGUCUUCAAUAUAUAUACUUUAUGAAACAACUGCCACACAUUUCCGACGAAAUAAUCAAUCGUAAACAUCUUUCUAAACUAGCAAUUGCUUACACUAAACUUGCAUGGCUAUAAUCUGUUUUUAACCCAUGCAUUAAUAAUAUGUAUGCUUUAAUAUUAGUUCAAAUGAUAUUUGUGCAUCUAAGCACACUUAACAUAUAAGGGAGGGGGAGGACAUAAUAAUAAUAAUUUCAAGAAUCUUUGCCACGUAUCUGCUAAUUAAAAAGUCCAAUGCCUUCAUUUACAAUAUUUACAUGAUCCCAUUCUAACCGGUUUUAUAACAUAUUUUGUAAAAUCUUUUAUAUUACAAAUAACAAAUAACUCUUUUAAUCCUCCGUCACCACCGUUAUUUUUACUGCUUUCGUUGCCCCUCUGGGUCCAUUUUGUAUAAACCCAUUUUUUUUUUAUUAUAGGCUUUCAAAAAAUUUGAAAAAAAUUCAGAGUUACUUUUCAGGAUCUCUAUUACAUUAUCCAAUAGUUAAAUGUUAAAAGUUUUUUUAAAUAACAAUUGAAUGUUUACAAAAAUUUAUUUUUUUUCUUACUACUAACAACUUUUUUAGGGAGGAGAGCUAGAUCUCGCUUUCUCUUUAUUUCGGAGAUAUUUGAGCUUAAAAUUUCGCUUGUGCCCAAAAAGUCCCAGGGGGGUGACGAAGGGUUAAUUAUUAAACAUAAGUAAAUAUAUCUAGCAACAAAAGACUCUACAUUACAUAGACUGCGUUCCAGAACCAUGUUCUUAGCGCUCGACUUGUCUAGCGUUGAAUAAGGACAGAACACGCUCAUAGCACUAAGAGCG